AUGAAUAACCGCACACAGAGAAAUGCACCAACGGCAAAGGCAGGCGGAGGCGCCGCCGCCGCCGCCAAUUCCUCCCAGCCGGUGCAGAAGCAAACCAACACCACCACCACGACGAGCACCACCACCGCCGCCAAAGCCAAACCCCCCUCCGAGGCCACGCUGCUAAAAUGGCGACAAGCCGAUGCCCGCCUCUUCGCGAGCACGCUGCGGGGCACGCCUUACGCGCUGAUCGGCGGCUUCGCGUUGCAGCUGCUCGGCUCCAAGCGGCUCUGUUCCGACUACCACGUCUUCGUGCCGACGGGCCACACGGCGCGGGUGCACGAGCAGAUGGCGACGUCCAGCUGCGGCUUCUUCAAGAAGAUGGGCAGCAUGACGCGCUCCAUCAAGCUCGACCGGAACGGCGUCCAGUGCGCCGUGCACAUCCACGAGCCGCCCGAGCUGCGCCAGGCGUUCCCCGACACGGACGACGGGUUCGUGAUUGUGUUUUCUAGCGCCCGCGUCUUGAAGCCGACGCUUUUGCUGAAUAUUGCCAUGUAUGAGUGGAUGGAGGAGCAUGCGGCGGGGAAUAAUAACUGGAGGAAGAAGCAGGCGAAUGCGGAUAUUAUCUUUUUGGCGGACUAUAUUGCGAGGAAGGAGAGGGAGGACAUGACGCAUGCUACGCCGGCUUUUCUGAAUGCGUUUUUUGCUGCUAAUGCCGCUCAGGAACCGGUUUUCUUUUCUAUUGGUCUCAAGAAACCGGUUGCGAAGGCGGGCGGUGACGCUACUGGCGCUAAGACGGACGGGUCCGUGGCGACUCGGGGUCAGGCUGAUCAGAAAAGGUCCGCGUAG